GCUCCAUGACAUACACACAUCCCGUUCCUUUACUUUGCAACUGCUCAAAUUAAUGAUGAAACGAGGAGGGGAUUUCAAGUCUGUAGUUGAGCCCAUUGCCGUACGCCACAUGCGACAGCAUGUAUUGGCUCAACUGUCUGAACACAGAGCGCGUUUUCCCACUCAAAAACGCGCUCCUCCGUUGAUGGUCGGUGUGCAAGGCCCCCAAGGGAGCGGCAAAACGCUCCUUACUACACAUCUCCUCAAUACCCUUACCUCUGCUCCGGACUCGCUCUCACUGGCAGUGCUAUCCAUCGAUGAUCUCUAUCUUCCUCAUUCCCAGUUAGUCGCCGUGGCCGCCGCAAAUCCGGACAAUCGUCUACUUCGAGGACGAGGCCAGCCAGGAACGCAUGAUUUGGUCACAGCCUCCAAAGUGCUCAGAGAGCUCAAAGAAAUCAACGAUGAUGCACGAGAGAGCCAUACGACAGUUGUUAUUCCUCGAUUUGACAAGAGCCUGUAUGGCGGGGAAGGAGAUCGUGUAGACUCUGGCACCAUUGUCCAUUCGCCUCUCGACGUAGUGAUACUGGAGGGCUGGUGUGUCGGAUUCUACCCCAUUUCGACCGAAGAAAUCGAGCGACGGUGGGGCCUUCCGGUGAAGGGGCUGGGCGAAAAUUUCUUCGGAGCGCAUGGUUUCACAAGGCAAGACAUUAUAGGCGUGAAUGAGCGGCUCAAAGAAUACGUCGAUUUGUGGAAUUAUCUGGGCGCUUUCAUACAAAUUAAACCCGAAGAGUCGCAUCCAUACACUCACAUCUAUAAAUGGCGGUUACAGCAAGAACAUUAUAUGAAGUCAUCAAACGGUGGUCGCGGCAUGGCGGAUCAUCAAGUAACAGACUUUGUUGACCGUUAUAUCCCAGGCUAUGUCUUUUUUGGGGAUGGAGUUACUAAGGGCGGAUUGGAUGCUCAUCUAGAGUGGCGGCAACCUAGGUGGUUGCAGCAUGGCCUCGUUAUAGAAAUAGACGAGAAUCGGCAUGUGGUUCAUACAAGCUCGUUCUGAUUGUACGUUCCAUGUGUAAUUCUUCUCGCGUUGACCAAAUCCCGGUUUCCAGUUGUAAAUCAUGCCGCCCUGCUUGAUAGAACGUGCUGUGCUC